AUGAAUGAGAAAGGUGAAAACCGUGACGAUACCAUCCAGCCGGAAUCUGUGAAUCAGACUAUACAGGAUGCCGGACAAAAAAAUCAACAAGUCGACCAGACGCGGGAGUGGGUUGAUAGCACUGUGAUCGAGCAUAUGCCGCCAGAGCAGAGGGCAGAGCUGGCUCGCAUUGCGUCGAACUUUCCCAGGCGCCGUCCGACGAAUUCUGGAGUCAGUGGCCCGGGCAUUGAACGCAAGGACACCCUUGAUGGUCUCGAACUCAACGAUCCAGUUCUUGACCCUACGAGUAAUCAGUUCGACCAUUAUAAAUGGGUUCGAAUGGUGCUGAAACUUCUGGAUAAGGAGGGUUUCCCGCGGCCACCGUCCACCGGGAUCGUCUUCCAGCAUCUCAACGUCUCUGGGUCAGGUUCGGCCUUGCAGUAUCAAAACACUGUGGGAUCAGUCCUGUUGGCACCUUUCAGACCAUGGGAGCUUUUGAGCUUUACCCGCUGCAGUCCUGAAAAACAGAUCCUUCGCAAUUUCGAUGGCCUUUUACAGAGUGGCGAGCUGUUGAUUGUCUUAGGACGGCCAGGCAGCGGCUGCUCGACCUUUCUCAAGUCUCUUUGCGGAGAGUUACACGGAUUGAAGCUCCGCAAAGGCUCCGAAAUUCAGUUCAAUGGCAUACCCAUGGAGAAGAUGCACAAAGAGUUCAAAGGAGAAGUCCUAUACAACCAAGAAGUUGAUAAACACUUUCCCCAUCUGACAGUGGGACAAACAUUAGAGUUUGCUGCUGCUGCACGAACUCCCGAGCACAGAUUGCGAGGGAUAAGUCGACAACGAUUUGCGAAGCAUGUCACCCAAGUCGCCAUGACUAUAUUCGGCCUGUCUCAUACGUAUGACACUAAAGUGGGUGAUGACUACAUCAGGGGAGUCUCUGGAGGAGAAAGAAAGCGUGUGAGCAUUGCAGAAAUGGCCCGUAAGUACCAGAUUCUACUUUCCUUUCUGGUCCUCCCGGCUGACUGGCACAAAGUUUCUGGGGCACCUGUUGGAGCAUGGGACAAUAGUACUCGGGGUCUUGACUCUGCAAGCGCCUUGGAGUUCGUCAAGGCACUCCGAGUCUCCGCCAAUCUAGUCGGUACGAGCCAUGCCGUUGCAAUCUACCAGGCAUCACAGGCGAUUUACGACGUUUUUGACAAAGCCAUCGUUCUCUACGAAGGGCGAGAGAUCUACUUUGGUCCCUGCAGUGAAGCCAAGGAAUAUUUCGUAAAUAUGGGCUGGUACUGCCCGCCUCGUCAAACUACUGGCGAUUUCUUAACGUCGGUCACGAAUCCACAGGAGCGUCAAGCUCGUGAGGGUAUGGAGAACAAAGUUCCUCGCACCCCUGAUGACUUUGAGAAAUAUUGGAAGAAUAGUCCUCAGUUUGCAAGGCUUCGGAGAGAGAUUGCGGAGCACUUGAGAGAGUUUCCACCUGGUGGAGAGUCAGCCCAGGCUUUCCAUGAAAUGAAGCGGUUCAAGCAGGCCAAACAUGUCCGUCCCAAGAGUCCCUAUAUCAUCUCCAUUCCCAUGCAAAUCAAGCUCUGCACAAUCAGGGCCUAUCAAAGGAUUUGGAACGAUAAACCUUCCACGUUGACAACAGUCAUUGGGCGUAUUUGCAUGUCUCUGAUCAUCGGCUCCAUCUACUAUGGGACACCCAACGCCUCAGCAGGCUUCCAAAGCAAGGGCGCGGCCCUUUUCUUUGCUGUUUUAAUGAACGCCUUGAUCAGUAUCACGGAGAUCAACUCUCUCUACGAUCAACGACCUAUCAUUGAAAAGCAAGCCUCGUACGCCUUUGUGCAUCCGUGGACAGAAGCAUUCGGUGGGAUCGUAUCAGAUAUACCUGUCAAGUUUGUGUCUGCCGUAGUGCUCAAUAUCAUCUUUUACUUUCUGGCUGGACUGAUACAAUUCUUCAUAUUCUUCGUUCUCACCUUCCUCAGCACGCUUGCAAUGUCGGGUAUUUUUCGGACGCUCGCUGCCUCAACCAAAACCCUGGCACAGGCCAUGUCUAUGGCCGGAGUAAUCGUGCUCGCGAUCGUAAUCUAUACCGGGUUCGUGAUUCCUGUUCCUCAGAUGUCCUCUAUUCCCUGGUUUAGCUGGAUCCGAUGGAUCAACCCUGUCUUCUACACAUUUGAGGCUUUGAUUGCCAACGAGUUUCACGGUCGACGGUUCGAGUGCUCGCAGUUCGUGCCAGCCUACCCGAGCCUGACCGGAAACUCAUUCAUCUGUUCAGUUCGAGGUGCUGUGGCAGGAGAAAGGACCGUGUCUGGCGACGCGUACAUCGAAAGUCAAUACACUUACACCUAUGCGCAUGAGUGGAGAAAUUUUGGAAUCCUGGUAGGAUUCUGGAUUUUCUUCAUGGUAAUAUAUCUGGCGGCCUCUGAAAUCAAUUCUGCGACUUCGUCCAAAGCCGAGUUCUUGGUAUUCCGACGAGGGCAUGUGCCACCGCAGUUGCGUGACAUCGAUAAAGAUCAGGAAGAGAACGGGGCCGCAGAAGCAUCCAUGGCCCAUGACUCUCUGGAAUCCGAAAAGGGCGUAUCUGCCAUUCCUACACAACGUGAUAUCUUUACAUGGCGUAAUGUUUGCUAUGAUAUCCCUGUUAAGGGUGGCCAAAGACGUCUUCUGGAUCAUGUCUCCGGGUGGGUUAAACCUUUGAUGGGCGUCUCUGGUGCCGGUAAAACGACCCUUUUUGACGUCUUGGCGAAGCGUGUCUCAAUUGGUGUGGUCACAGGAGACAUGUUGGUGAAUGGCAAGUCGCUUGAUAGCAGUUUCCAGAGGAAAACAGGUUAUGUUCAACAGCAAGAUCUUCAUCUCUCUACAACCACUGUCAGGGAAGCACUGCGCUUUAGUGCCGUCCUUCGGCAGCCAAAAUCAGUCUCCAAAAAAGAAAAGUAUCAGUAUGUCGAGGAGAUUAUUGAAAUGCUCAGCAUGCAAGACUUCGCCGAUGCUAUUGUCGGUACACCUGGCGAAGGAUUGAACGUGGAGCGAAGAAAGCUACUGACCAUCGGCGUUGAGCUAGCGGCGAAACCUGCUUUGCGACAGAGCCAAUAUUGGCGCGAGCCGACAUACGUCUGGGCCAAACUGUUGCUCGGGACCCUGUCAUCGUUGUUCAUCGGCUUCACCUUCUUUAAGCCCGACAGCUCUCUGCAGGGCUUCCAGGAUGUAUUGUUCAGCGCUUUCAUGAUGACAUCCAUCUUUUCGACUUUGGUGCAGCAAAUCAUGCCCAAAUUUGUGGUGCAACGGUCCCUGUAUGAAGUCCGAGAACGACCGUCCAAGGCGUAUUCUUGGGCAGCAUUCCUCAUAGCCAACGUACUCGUCGAGAUACCCUGGCAGAUUCUGACCGGUAUCAUCGCGUGGGCCUGCUACUACUACCCGACCUACGGGGCGAACCAGUCGUCUCAACGGCAGGGGCUCAUGUUACUCUUCAUCGUACAAUUCUACGUCUUCACCUCGACGUUCGCCUCGAUGGUCAUCGCCGCCCUGCCCGAUGCAGAAACCGGUGGCACAAUUGCAACCCUGCUCUUCAUCAUGGCGCUGACCUUCAACGGCGUCAUGCAGCCACCAAAUGCCCUGCCCGGUUUCUGGAUCUUCAUGUACCGCGUGUCACCCCUGACAUAUCUAAUCGCAGGAAUCACAGCGACAGGACUACACGGCCGGGCAAUCCAAUGCGCCAGCGCCGAGCUGAGCGUGUUCAACCCACCCGCGGGGUCCACCUGCAGCCAGUACCUCUCCCCGUACGUACAAGCUGCCGCCAGCCAGUUGUACAACCCUAGUGCAACACAGAACUGCGAGUACUGCCAGCUGCAGAAUGCCGAUCAAUACCUGGCCGGCUCGAACAUCUAUUACAGCGAGCGCUGGCGCAACUGGGGCUUGGGCUUUGCGUACAUCGGCUUCAACAUCUUUGGAACAGUCCUGCUGUACUACGCCUUCCGUGUCAAACAUUAUAAUCCCACCACGUUGGUCAGGGGUAUCGUCAAGGGCGCUGGUGUCGUGUGUCGUGUUUUCAAGCGGAGGUCUGGGAAGACGCCUAGGGGACGGGAGGCGGAGAAUGGCAGGUUGUAUUAG